AAAAUAUUACCUCGUCUCUUUCAGUUUUUCUCAAAAGGUGAAAAGAAGACGAAAACCUGCAUGUAGGCUGAAUAAACUUCUUCUUGUAUUGUGUCAAAGAGUUAUAUCCAGCAGCUUUUGAAAUGAAUAUGGAUGAAGGAUUGAAGAAUAUCAGUAUCCAUCGUCAUUCAGCUGAUCACACAUUUCUAAACAGAAAAACAGGGACUGUAACUUCCUCGAUUGAGCUGAGAAAUGCUGUGCUUCUUAUAGUAGGAUUUGGUCUGAUUUCCAUGAUCAUUGCAGCAGUAUUCAGAUAUGUAAGAAAGACUGUAUUUCACGAUAAGUCUAAUUUGGAUACUACCUUUGAUGCGGGUGGUAAGGUGUCUAUUGGGCUAACUGCAACGACACUUGUGUCUCAGAUGACGUGGGCCGCAAGUUUUAUGCAAUCGGUCACUGUGGCGGUUCAGUAUGGCAUCAGCGGAGCAUUUUGGUAUGGCGCUUCCGUCUCAUGUGGGAUAUUUUUAUUUGCAAUUCUGUCUAUUCAUCUUAAAACGAAGUCGCCGGGAGCAAAAACCUUUCUACAGGUCAUUCGCGUGCGAUUUGGAAAGGCAACUCACAUCGUUUUCUGUGUAUUCGCUGGCAUUACAAAUAUUCUUGUGACUUUGACAUUGUUAUUGGCUGGCUCAGCUCUCCUCGAGAGUCUUAUUUUGGAUAUGUCCAUAGAACUUGCUUGUAUGCUCAUGGCUUUCGUUAUUGGCUCCUAUACUCUCAUCGGCGGUCUUGGCGCAACGUUCUAUGUCUCUUACGUUAAUACAAGUCUCGUGUUUUGCUUCAUGAUUGUUUUGAUAAAGGACGUAUUCUUAAAUGAUUCCACGAGAGAGGAUGACUUGCCAAUCGGGAGCGCAGAUAAGAUGUUCGUUCAUCUAAUAAAUGCAACUGGUCCAGUUGGUAAUUACAAUGAAAGUUUUCUUACAAUGUUGUCACCCGGGAGCCUCAUGUUUGGCAUCACUGUAGCAUUGCUCACAGGAGGAGCAGUUGUGUGCGACCAGUCUUUCUGGCAAAGUAGCAUUGCGGCUAAACCAUCGCAUGGUGUUUGGGGAUUUGUAGCAGCUGGUUUGACAUGGUUUGCAAUCCCGUUUGUUAUGGCCACGACGUUUGGUUUGGCAUACAUUGCUAUAGAAGAGGCACAAGGAGAACCUUUAUUGUCACAGACUGAUGUUUUUAGAGGUUUGGCACUUCCACGAGUUGCGCAGAUUUUACUAGGAACAACCGGGGAAUAUCUCACUUUUCUCAUGGUCCUCAUGGCUAUUAUGUCCACGGGAUCUGCAGAGGUGAUAGCAGUGUCAUCCCUGAUCGUAUAUGACAUCUACCAACCCUACGUCAACCCAUUCAGGAAACAACUUGAUGAAUCUAUAAGGUGCUUGUUGUGUGGUAAAAUGAAAUUUUCCGACGUCAGCUACAAUGAUCAACGGACGAAUGAAGAUCAGCGCAUGCGCAAUGAAUGUAAAUGUCAGCCUGUAUUUCAAUGCUCGGGAUGCGCAAAUGAUGAAGACUCUCGGCACACACCUCGUAAAUCAAAAUUAAACGAAAUUAUAGGAGUUCCACCACCGUACUCGUGCAAAGAGCAUGGUCGUUAUCAUGAAUACCAGGACCAUCUCAUUACGUAUAAGAACUUUUGCAUUAUUUGGGUCACCACCUGUACCAUACCAUUGGUGUUAUGUGCUAAUUGGAUCGGCCUUGACCUUGCUUGGGUGUUUCUAGCCAUUGGAAUACCAAUCAACUGCGCCACAGUACCAGUCAUUCUGAGUGUCACUUGGAGUAAGGCCACUUAUCAAGGCAUGAUUUCUGGUGUGGUAUGUGGUUGUGUUUGUGGCAUUUCUGUGUGGCUAAUAAUAUCGUCUACCUAUGAGGGAGGCUUGGCCGAUUUUCUAAAGAACACUGGAAGGCCAAUACCAACGCUUGUUGGUAGCGGUGUAUCAAUGUUAAUGGGAGGACUUGUAUGUAUCGUUGUUUCAAUUUGCACACUGAAUAGAGAGUUACAUAAUGAGGAACAAGUUUGGGGAAAAUUGCAAAACAUCGAAAACCCACUGCACCCAUGGGCGAUGACUUAUGCUCACGAGUUUGGAAAACCCAAAGGAGAAACUGGUGUAUAUGAGCGUCCAACCCAAAAGGAACUGAGGAAACAAUACAAAAAGCCGUUCAUCAUUGUAACUGUGUCUGCUAUAGGGCUCAGUAUAGGAUUCUUUAUCAUUUGGCCUGCUGUCAUGCUUCCCAUCAAAGUCAUGAACCAGGACCAGUUCCGUCAUUGGAUCAAUCUCACCCUCACUUAUGCCUUUAUCGCCGCCGCAUUCAUUAUCAUUGUCCCCCUUGUGCAAGAGAUAUACUCGAUUGUAAGCAAAGCAAGACAUAACAAAAAGAAAAAGGUGCACCUAUCUAAAAACAAACACGACAUAGAAUCUCCAAGUACUGCAUUUCUUCGUCAUUUUGAUUAAUCAUAUAGACACCCUCAUCAUUUUUAUCUAAGCCGGAGCAAUCCAAAACUUCAAUUACGUCAAUCAUAAUCUCGCUUGAAUUAAGAUGUGGAACGACAGCAAUAAUAUACGUACAUACGUGUAAAAUGGAAUGUGAUUUUUUGGUCGCCUUUUGCUUUUAUGUACACUAUAUAUAAUAUAUAUUAUAUAUACUGCUUUUUAUGAUAUCUAUACUUUUGUAUAGCAAUUUAAGUCAACAUGAAUUUGUUGUUUAUGAUUUUGAUGUAGUUAACUUAUAGGGUUAGGGAAAACUGCUUCAUUCGCUUAUUACAUUGUUAUAUCCUUCGGGUGUUGAGUGUGUGCAGUUCAAUAGUUUUAACGUUUCUGGAGAAACAGAAUACCGAUGUUGCACAUCAAUUCAAGACAAAUGUACACCAAAAUUAGUCCGCAUUCAUGGCAAUUAUUUAUAGUUCUAUAAAAUAAAUGCUAUAUACAUGAAUAGAUGUCUCUUCAUACAUUGUCUUUGGGCUUUGAUGGGCCUGGUGGGUCAUUUAGAACAGUAAGUUGAUGGAACAAGUUGACAUGGGCAGCUUGAAAUUCAUUUCGUUUUCACUGCAGAAAAACAGCGCAUUUAUACACUGCUUAAUUUUGAGUGAUUCGGCCACCAACUAGGAGCUCAUCGGCCAAAAUGCCCUAAUACGUAGAAAAAAGUAGUUUUCAAAAAUGAAUGUAACACAAUUGUGAUCAUGACGAGUCAGUAAGCUAGUAUGUAGACACAGUUGUCAUCUUUUUGCAAUGACAACA